CUGGAGCUCCGCUCCUCUGCUACCACCAGGAUCUUCCUUCCCCCGAGGCUUCAGAGCCUUGGCAGAAGCUGCUUUGGUUGCUUGGCUAGCAAGAGGGGACAGAAACACCCCUUUAACAAAAUCCAUUGCAAAUUUCUCUGCAACCUCAACUUGUUCAUAAGAAAUGGCUUGGACGGAUCCUAUUUCUGUGUUGUUCGUGUUUGCCCUUACGCUUGCAUUCCUUUGGAAAAGGAGCCAUUUCUGGAAGAGCAGUAGCCGAAAGCUUCCACCAGGACCAUGGCCAUUACCACUCAUUGGAAACCUCCACUUACUGGAUAUGAGGAGGCCUUACAGUACCAUGUUGAAGUUCUCCAAACAGUACGGCCCUGUCUACAGCAUCCAGUUUGGAUUCCAAAAAAUGGUCGUCCUGGCAGGCUACAAGACUGUGAAGGAGGCUUUGGUGAACCAGGCGGAUGCCUUUGCGGAUAGGCCUGUGAUCCCAGUGUUUGAAGAGGGUGAUCACGGCCAUGGUAUUAUUUUUUCUAAUGGUGAGAACUGGAAAGUGAUGAGGCGGUUUGCAAUAAGCACAUUAAGAGACUAUGGGAUGGGCAAGAAGACCAUAGAGGACAAAAUUGUUGAGGAGUGCCAUUUCCUAAUAAAGAAGUUUGAAUCUUUUGAAGGAAAACCAUUUGAGACUACUACAAUCAUGAAUGCUGCUGUUGCCAAUAUUAUAGUGGCCAUAUUACUCAGCAAGCGGUAUGAAUAUGAAGAUCCCACAUUUUUAAGAUUACUACACUUGGUUAAUGAAAACGUCCGGAUCAUGGGAUAUCCCUCGGUCAUGCUGUACAACAUGUUCCCUGCUCUGGGUUUUCUUUCUGGUGGUCGCAAGAUUGUCCUUAAGAACAGGGAUGAACUGUAUGCCUUCAUACAGGACACCUUCGUAGAACACCUGAAAGACCUGGAUGUGAACGACCAGAGAAACUUUAUCGAUGCUUUUCUAAUUCAACAGCAAGAGGAAAAGAACAAGAACCAGAGCAACAAGUUUUUCCAUAAUGAAAACCUAAAAGCUGUUGUGGUGACCUUAUUUGGUGCCGGCAUGGAGACCACUUCGACUACCUUGCGUUGGGGCCUGUUGCUGAUGAUGAAGUACCCUGAAAUUCAGAAGAAAGUGCAAGAAGAAAUAACAAAGGUCAUCGGAUCUGCUCAGCCACGGAUAGAGCACCGAGCAAAACUGCCUUUCACAGAUGCGGUGAUACAUGAAGUUCAGAGAUUUGGUAAUAUUGCCCCUUCCGCUGCGCCACAUGCCACCACUACAGACGUCACUAUUGGAGGCUACUUCAUCCCAAAGGGAACACAUAUCAUCCCAUUACUGUACUCAGUGCUGUACGAUGAAUCUGAGUGGGAGAAACCCUUUCAAUUCUACCCUGAGCACUUCCUUGAUUCCGAAGGAAAGUUUGUCAAGAGAGAUGCCUUCCUGCCAUUCUCUGCAGGUCGGCGAGUGUGUGCUGGUGAGACCCUUGCCAAAAUGGAGCUCUUCCUCUUCUUUGUGAGUCUCCUGCAGAGAUUCACUUUCCAGCCAGCCCCUGGGACGUCUAAAGAAGACCUGGACUUGACCCCUGCAAUUGCAAUAACUGUGUCUCCAAUGCCUUACAAUUUGUGUGCUUUGCCACGUUCUUAACAACCAACCACGUGUAGCUCCCCUCUGCACCCCAUCCUCCUCUUCUGCACCUUUUUACUUAAUAAGGACACUUCAGAUUCAGCAGAACAGGACUAUGCUUUGUCACAACCCUUCAUGUUUCAUGUACUUAUCUGUGGAACUCCUACAAGCUAGAUCACAGCCAUAACUUAGUUCAAAAUUUGGACUUCACUUCUUGAAUUGCUUACUGAAUAGAGAAAACAACAAUGUUCCUUUGUCUGAUUUCUCAUAUUGACACAUUACAGAUAUCUUCCAAUCCCUAAAACUAUUAAAAUGGUGUUGACAGAGACUGUAUCCUUCCAAGUGAGUUCCUUGCAAUGGUACCGGCUAUGUAGAUAAAGUAAAUAUCAUUAGCGUUGGGUUUUACACAUGAAACCUGCCUCACAAACAUGAAAAGCCACUUGGUUUUCUUACUCAUUUUGCUAAUUCUGGACUUUGUUAGAGCAAUUACACUGCCUCAAGUCAGAGAAGGAUAGAUAAAACAAAGACCACCGUUCGCUGAAUAAGUAAGCAAACCCAACUGAUGUUUCAGUGAAGCAAUUUUUGUGGUUGAGAAAGGGCUGUGGAAAAUUAAAUGUACUAUCUUUGAUUCAAUGGGGUUUUUUUGCAGGCAGAAGGGUUUCCCCACAGAAGCUCCAGACUGGCUUAAUAGAAUAAAAUAUGAACAUUCUGAACUUUCAUUUAUCUAUUUUGCUUGCAACCACACUCUUGCUUAGUGAAGAGCUUCGAGGGCACAUCUCUCUCUUCUGUCUUUCUAUCAUCAUAGGCAAAUUAAUAACCCUUGUUAAUAGUGUAUGUAUCUAUUAUUACAAUUAUGAAACACUUUACAUAUUAAUGUUGUCAGUGUCAGCUGUAAUAAAAAAUAAUUCACCAGUA